AUGUUUUUUACUAUAACAAUUGCUAUUUCUUUUGCAUUUUUUAUAUUUAUUUAUAUGUACCUGAGAUGGAUUGUAUCAAAAAUACUAGCGAGAACAUUCUCUUGUUAUCAAGUAAAAUUAGGGAAAUGCGGAUUACUGUAUAUAUCACAUUUAAAAUUGAUUUAUAUUGAUGGUUUGUCGGUUGAGAUAGAUAAUCUUCGUAUUGGAAGUUCAUUAAUUAGUACUUCUUAUAAAAAACCAAUCUCAUUUGUUGUUGAUGAUCUUAGAAUUGAGGGCACUCCAAAUGUUACUUUAAAAUCUCUUAAUUUAUUACGAGGAAAAAAAGACGGGAAUAAUGAAAAUUCUUCAUUAAAAAGAUUUUUCCAAUAUGUUCAAUAUUUUGGAAUAUUUAUCAAAACAGCAAAUUUUGUUUUCUUGGAUAUUGUACCGCAAUGUUUAUUACACUUAACUUUUGAACAAUUAUAUAUUGAAACAUAUCUAGAAAGAGAUGGCUUACAAGUAGAUUGUACUUCUAAAUUAAUUCAACAAAAAUUGCUUUUACGUAAUCAAAUUGCUGGGGCUACCUCAUUAAUGGAAUUGUCAUUGGCAUCUUCAUUAUCUUUUGAUUUUGCGCCUGAUUAUGAAAAAAUGAAGAAUGUCUCGAUGUCUUUAGAUAAUCCUUCUAUUUAUUUUAGCGAAGCUUUGGUUGAGUAUGUCAAGGUUAAUAUGCCAGAACAAUCACCAGUUAAUGAGGACAAUGAUAUACAGAAAGUAGAAAAAAAUGUUCCAUUUAUUAAAAUGAAUAUUGAUAAUUUAAUUGUGGAAUACAAAACGUCAAUGGAAAGGACGUUAAUGUUAAAUUUGAAGAAAAUAACUUCAGAAAUUGAUUGGAAACACCUAAAAUUAGCAAUAGAUUUUAAAGAUUUUUGUAUUAAAGAACAUACAGGGGUUUCUCAUUUUAAAUGUGGUUCAUUUUGUGUAUUAUCAUCAAGUAAACCUACAAAUUCUAGUAAUGAAGCGCAAUGGAUUGAAGUAGUAGUUUUUAAUCCAUUAUUAAUACUAGAUCAAAAUGAUUUAAUGUGGUGGAUAGAUUAUGGAAAAAAAUUAGACUUACAAAAUAUUUUUUGUGCAAAUGGUGAUGAAUCAAUGUAUGGUUUUAAUGAUGAAUUCACAUGUGAUGGUGUUAGAAUUUCUCCUCUAGAAAAAAAGUCAAAAAAUUUAAUCUAUUUAAAUUUUGAAGUUAAUACUAUGAGUAUUUUAUUAAGAAAUUCAACAAAAGGUAACGUAGAUCUUAUUUUUGGUAUUGAAUUGAUAACAUUUGUUGGAGAUAGUAAAUUUAAAUGUAUUGAAUUAGGAAUUGAGUCUCUUUGGAGUCAUCGUUGUUUAAGUAAAACUUUUGAUUUAACACAAUUUCAAAAUAUGCGAUUUAAUCCUAUUCAUCAUGUUUGGGGUACAAUUAUUGCUCUUGGAGCUGGUUUAGGACAAUUCAAAAAAAUAAAUGGUCAAAAAAUUUUACAAUUUCAACUAGAAGAUUUACAACUUGAAUGGGAGAAAACGGUAGUUGAAGAGUUAGCAACUUUUAUUAAAAACUUAAUUGAAUCAUUUAAAGAUAAAAAAACAGAUUUAGAUAGAUCAGAUUCAUGGUCAGCUGUUGGGUCUGAUGACGCCUCUGAAUCCUAUGGUAUAAAACCUUUUAUUCUGCAAUUUUCAUUAAAAAAUCUCGCUAUAUUCUUUAAUGCUAAACAAAGUGCAUUUCUUGCUGUUAAUGUUGAUUCAUUUCGUUGUGACUAUAAAAAUUUACCUCAAAAAAAUCUUGAUCUUAAAAUAGAAAGCAUAAGAUUAGGAGUUUCUGAAUUAAAAACAUCAAAUAUAAUUAUAGACUGGUAUAAAUAUGAAGAAAUUUCUAUAGAUAUAUGUGGUAUGUGUGAUAGUCUUGAAAUUCACUAUAUCUCUGGAAAGCAAAGAGAUUUAUUUAUAAAAGCUAAUUCAAGUUUCAAUAUCACAUGGUCUCCAUUUCUUUAUGUGGUAUUUUAUGAAGUAUAUAGUUUAUGUAGAAAACUUUUCAAUGAAAAUUUUGUUAAUGAACAAAAAAUGGAAUCUAUUCCCUUAACUCCAUUAACCAUUAACAUUUUAUCUUUAAAAAUGGUUGAAAUUUGUUAUAAAUUACCUAGAGAACAUAUUAUGCAAUGGAGAGUUCCAUCUAUUUAUUUUCAAAAAAGGCAUGAUGAGAUGUCAAUUAGCUCUCCAGAAUUUAACAUUAUCAUGGAUUCUCAUCCAAUUUUUCAUUUUGAACAUCCUCUUAUACAAAUGAUAUUAAAUGAGCCAGAGAUGUUUGCUAUCAGACAGGGAAUGGAAUCAUUACAUACAAAAACCAACAAAACUUGGUUAUGGUCUGCUGAGUUAGCAUCAGCAAUUUUCCCCUAUGAAUACAAUUUUGCUUCUGCAUACGAAGAAGUUAUAAAUUCUAUAAAAUGGAUGAAAAAAGUUCAUAAUCAUGUCCCAAAACCAUUUCUUGAAAGUUCUCCACUCCCAUCUGAUGUAAAAAUUUCAAUAAAAAAAUUUAAUUUUCAAAUGAAUGAUGAUCCUUUUGAAAUUAGAUUACAGGCAAAUUAUGAAUUAAUGGUUGAUGAAGCUUAUGAAUCUGAAAGAAGAAGAAGAGUUAUGGAAGAAAAAAUAAGUGAGGGUGGUAAACAAUUUGAUGGUGAAAUUGGUCAAAAUUUAAUUGAAGAAUUAUAUACAAAUUUGAGGAGAAAAAAUUGUCAGAUAUAUAUAGAUAGAUGUAAAAAAAUGGAUGUUUUGAGAAAUCAACUUUUUUAUUGGACAAUAACUGAUUUAUGUAUAAGAGCAUUUGCUGAUAUUUCUUUACAUGGAAAAGAUAAUGUUAUAAAAUUAAUGAGAAAAUUUAAUCCAGAAACUAAUGCACCAUUAGAAGAUAUGAAAUUUUCAACUAUGUGGGCAAGAGAAAUUGAGAUGGAUUUUAAUGAAUGGAAUAUGAAUUUUAGAGAUUAUCCUUUAGAAUAUUGUGUAAUAAAGGAUGCACAUUUUUUUGGUAGAUUUGCUGCAGCAGAAAAUUGUCCUGGUGGUAGAAGUAUACGAAAUACCUAUAUUACUUUACCUGAACCAUGGGGUAUUUAUGAACUUGAAAGAAAUAUGUGUCCAUUAAAAUUUUAUUAUGAUUUAUUUGCUGAUGUUAAUUAUUGUAAUAUAACAUAUGGACCCUGUUGGGAACCAUGUUUAUCAAUGAUUUCUCUUUGUUUUAACAAUAUAAAUCCACCUAGUCGUGAUCCUUCUCCUAAUAUGCCAUUUUGGGAUAAAAUAAGACUUCUUCAUCAUGGAAGAUUUAGUAUGUUAUGUAAAAAAUAUAUUGCUCGAAUGUUAGCCUCAACUGAUCCUUACAAUUCAACUGAAUUUAUUGAAAUAGUAUGGAAUGAUUUUGAAUUUGAUUGGACAACCGGUCAAUUUAGAAUUAAAAGUGAUGUUGAGGCAUUUGUUAGAACAGCUAGCAAGUAUGAUGAUAGUAGAAUAUUAAAUUUACCUGGUUUUAAGUUUGAAGUCCAGUUACGUUUUAUAUGUACUGCAAAUGCAUUUGAUCAUCAUUCUGUUACACCAUGUGCACCAAAUAAAUUACCUGAUUGUUCCACAAAUCAUGAACAUGAUUCUUAUAGAGCUUUUAGAAGUCAUCAUAUCAAUGCUGUAAUACAUUUUGAUGUUAAAAAUGAUCAAGAUUCUCCAGAAAGAAACAUUCCACAAAUUCUUCUUUAUGCAAAUACUUUUAAAUGGUUUGAUUUUAUGAAAAAUACUUUAACAACUGUAAAUAAACCUAUAAAAAGAGGACAAUUAUUUAGUAAUGGAAAAUUAAAUAGAAAGUUUCAAUUAUCAAGACAUUUCAAAGAUGUACAUUUACGUAUAUCUUUACCUCGAGUUAUGAUAUCAUACUGGAUGUCAUGUAGUUCAAAUUAUGGUUUUAGAAUGAUAACAAAUUCUUUACAUUUAACGGCAGAUCUCCAAUUAUUACAUUUAAAAAAUAAGGAUAAUGAAAAUAUGAUAAAAAGACAAAGAAUUACUUGGAAAUUAAAUCAUAUGUCUGCUUCUUUAGAAAGAGCUCAUAUUCAUUUAUAUGGAGAUUCAUCAAAACCUGAAUCUGUAAAUGAAAUGAAUGAUUCUGAUGAUAGUUUUUUUCUUGGUAUGUCAAGAAUAAAUUAUAUAAGAGAAAAUAUCUAUGAAGGUACACCUAAUUUAUCUAGAAGAAAUAUUAAAGAUCCUCAUCAUUUACAAUAUGCUAAUCAUAGAUUAACAAUUCAAGAUGUUCGUGCUUCCUGGACAAUGGAAAAUCGUGAUACAUGUUUUGUUAUAGCUGAUGGUGUACAGAAAGCACAUAUAUUAAGAAAAGUUUUAAGUACUGAUGCUUUAAAAAAUUGGAUGUUUAAUAGUAGUAGUAAAUUAGAAUCACCUAAAGAAUCAGAUAAAAGUACACAUAAAAAAUUUAUAAAAGAAGAAAAAAAUCGUAAAAAUAAUAUUAGUAGAAUGAAGUCAUCCUCAUUUGAAUCAAGAGAUAAUGAAGCAACAGAAAUGUUAUGGAAACUUGUUGAUGAGGCUGAGACAAAAUUUGUUGCUUGGCAUGAGAAUACCGUUGAUCCACCAUCAAAUUCAUUAUAUGGUGUUGCUUUAUGUACUAAAGAUGAUAUUUUUAUGCAUAAUUGGCAAAUUGAUUUAUUAAAUUGUCAAGCUGUAUUAAAAGGCCAUGAAACGGAUGGUUUUAUUAUUAUGACUGCUUCAAGAGCUGCUAUUAAUGAAAAUAUUCAUACACCUGUAUGGAGAGAUAAUCAAUUAUUGAUAAAAACUUCUUGGUCAGCAGUAUUUUCAGGUAUGCAAUAUUUUGCUCCUGUUAUGAUGGGAAAAGAUAAGAAUAGUCUUAAUAAAAAACAAUUUAGUUGGUUAAGGAGAGAUGUUAUUGAGGAAAAACCAGGAAGUGAUCAAAAUAUAAAUGAUAAGAUAAAUGAUUAUAGUGGUACAGGGGAGGCUGUUGGUGGUGUUGUAUCUGAUGGUAGUACAGUUACUAAUAGUAAUGGUCUUCAAUUACAAAGAGUAGCUUCAAGAUGUUCAUGUCAAAUGUUAUUUGUCUCAUUUACAGAUCUUAUUAAUAUUGAAGAUAAUGCUAUCCUACCUAGUAUUCCACCACCACCAACACCUGAAGAAUUAAGUAAUCAACUAUUUUUAGGUGAUAAAAAAGAAAAUGUUGAUUGUUUUACAUUAAAACAUAAUAUGCUUGAAGUUUCUACUAAUUCUGAACAAUAUCAAAUGAUUCUUGAUAUAAUUAAUAAUCUUGUCUUAUUUGUCGAUCCAUUCAAAAAGAAAGCUGAAUCAAAAAGAAAACUUCUUUGGUUUAAAUAUUCCCAAAUGAAGUCAGAAGAGAUACGUCAAAAAAUUUCUGAACUUCAAGCAGAAUUACGUGAAGUUGUAACAUUAAUAAGAAGUUAUGAUAGACAAUUAUAUUAUUUAAUUAAAGAUUUUGAAAUAACAGAAAAUAAAAAAGAAUUAGAUGAAAUUGAAAAGAAGAUAAAAAACGAAAUUGAGGAAAAUAAAGAAAAACAAAUUAUGUUAAUUGAUGAGUUAGCUUUAACUAUUUCGUGUUUCAGAGAAAAAGAGGUUGAACAAAAAACAUUAGAUAAAAAAGAAAAUAAGAAAAAACUUCCAAUUGAUGAGGAUAAUGCUAUAACAAUUGCUAAACGAUUUGAAGUUUGUUUUGAAAGUUGUGUAUGGAAGUUAACUGAAACUGAUGGGCAAAUUAGUUUAACUGAGUUACAAAUAAGAAAUUUCUUAUAUACUAGAACAGUUAAAACUGAUAAUAGUGGAGAACAUCUACUAGAGAUAGGUGGUGUAAAAGUUUUAGAUUUACUUCCAAAUGCAAAAUUUAAAGAAACAUUAACAAGAAUUCGUAGAAAUGGGGAUGAUAAAGAUAAUGAAAGAAUUCCUAGUAUACGUGUAAUUUGUCGUGACAGACCAGCAGUUGGUGGCAUAGCCAUAAAAGAACAUUUUGAAGUUAACGUCAGCCCAAUGCAAGCCCAAAUAUCAAAUAAAUUUUAUAAACAAAUGAUGGGAUUUUUCUUUCCUGGUAAAAGUAUAGAAACAACAGAACAACAAACAAGUGAAUCAAGUGAAGUUAAUUUAUCAACUCAUAAAAAUUCUAUCGUAACACCUGUACCACCAGGAAAUAGAAGUUCAAUGUCAUUUGCUAACAAAUUUAAAGGAACAAUAAAUGGAAGUUUUAGAAGACAAAGUGUUGAUCCAAAUAAAGAUCAACAAACAAAUGAUAAAAUUGAUAAAAUGAAAGCGCGGGCAGACAAGAAUAAUAUGUUUGUUCAUAUCAAAAUAUCAGAAGUACCUUUUAUUGUAAGUUAUAAAGGAACAAAAGAAAAAAAUAUAUCAGAUAUUAAUAAAUAUCAUUUCUUAUUUCCAUUAUGUGAAUAUCAUGAUAAAAAUUGGACAUGGUUAGAUUUAGCUAUGGCUAUUAAAAAUAGAUGUAGAAUAAUGAUAUCAAAACAAUUUGUUAAACAGAAAUUUUUAAGAACAAAAAAUAUUGGUUUUUCUUUAGGUUCUCUUCCUAAUGAAUUAAAUGAAGAUGAAAAAAAACUAAUGGUACUUGGUAAUGCUACGGUUAGUGAAAAAGAAAAAAAAAAGAAAAAUUCAAGACAAAAUGCAGAUAUUAAUUUCCAAUAA